CCACUCGGAUGCUGUAUGUUAAUUGUGUUAUUUUGCUGCUUUCUUUUAUGGAAACAUGAAGAAUAUGAAGAAGAAGAGGAGAAGCCAAGGCCCAAGUUGACCGCUCCCAAGAUCCCAGAGGGGGAGAAAGUUGACUUUGAUGACAUCCAGAAGAAACGUCAGAACAAGGACCUGGUGGAGCUGCAGGCCCUCAUUGAUGCUCACUUUGAGCACAGAAAGAAGGAGGAAGAGGAGCUCAUCGCUCUGAAGGACAGAAUCGAGAAGCGCCGAGCUGAGAGGUCCGAGCAGCAGAGGAUCCGAACGGAGAAGGAGAAGGAGCGCCAGACGAGACAGGCUGAGGAGAAGGCACGCAGAGAGGAGGAGGCCAUGAAGAGAAUGGCUGAUGAUGACCUGAAGAAGAAGAAGGCUUUGAGCAACAUGGGCUCUCAGUACAGCAGCUACCUGGCCAAGGCUGACCAGAAGAGGGGCAAGAAGCAGACUGAGAGGGAAAAGAAGAAGAAGAUCCUGGCAGAAAGACGCAAGCCUCUUAACAUCGACCAUCUGAAUGAUGACAAGCUCAGGGAGAAGGCCAAGGAGCUUUGGGACUGGAUGCACUCUCUGGAAUCUGAGAAGUUCGAUCUCGGAGAGAAAUUGAAGAGGCAGAAGUACGAGGUUAUCUCCCUCCGAAACCGAAUUGAUGAACUCCAGAAACAUAGCAAGAAGGGCCAGGCCGCUCGCCGUAGAAAGUAAGCUGCCGAGGGAGGACGCGCCGGACCUGCUGCUUGGAGCCUGGACUGCUGCUUCAGAGGACGCCUAUGGUCCCCGCGGCCACCCCAAACGUGGAAGCUCGUCACUUUGCUAUCUCGCUCUCUGCUUCCCAAACCUCCGUAACAGAACACGGCAGAUUAGAGCCUCCAAUCCAUGCGUCUUUCCAUCUGAAAUUGUGUGCUUCUCAUCAUUUCUUUUUUUUGUAAAUAAAGUGUCACUAUUCUACUUCUGUCUUCUGACCUUUGAUUGAUCUCAUGCCAAUAAAAUCGUCCUCAGCCUAAA